GCUGGAGGUCAACUUGUUUCCUGUCGCGUAAAUUGAGUCCCCGCAGAGCAAUUGUAUAAAUAGAAAUGACGAACUCAUUUAGCACAAUGUCACUUGGAUAAUCUCGGGUGGGCAUCUAAAAACGAGACUCUGGCAUGCAUUCAUGAACAUGCGUGAUACCCACUCGAGAUUGGAGAUUAAAGCGGAGACGUGGGCUUAAAAGAUACCUUUUUCCUAAAAUUCUAAUUUGUUUGGACAGAUUGCAAUCGUCAAUCAAGUCAAACGGUAACUCCGCCUUCAGAUAAAAGGUGAAUUUUUAUUUUCAUAUCUUGAAAAGUUAGUUGAGCUAUUCAGAAUCACUGCGUUGGUGGUUUCCACGAAUUAUCGCGACAUGAACGAAAACGUAACUCUCGAAAGAAAUGGAAGUGUUCCAACUGUAAUGCCAGAUGAAGCACAAGGAGAAUCGACGGGCUUCAAGAUCACAAAGAUCUGUUUUUAUUUUCUUAUCCUUUCUGCGAGCACCUUCGGGAACAGCAUGGUCGCGCACAUAAUCAACAACACCAGAAAAAUGCGCACCGCGUCCAAUUUUCUGGUCUUGAAUUUGGCCAUUUGUGAUUUGGUGACGCCGUUGAUAAGCAUUGUGUUUGAUUUUGUCCUGGAAGAAAACAACUACGAAUGGAUUUACGGAGGAGCCAUGUGCAAAGUUUUAUGGCCAGCGCAAACUUAUUUCACUUGUGCAUCUUCUCUGACUCUCGCAGCGAUAUCAUUAGACCGUUACCGAAUUAUAAUGCACCCGUUCAAGAUACGACUGUCUAUGAGACAAAUUUGCAUCUUGAUCUGCCUGGUUCACGUUUUUUCGCUUGCGGCGGUGACUCCGUACGGAUAUGUUCUGGCACUCACAAACGGGUCCUGUGAGGAGAACUGGCCCAAAUUUACCUACAGACAAGCUUAUACUUUUUUCUUGUUUCUCGUUCAAUAUGGAUUACCACUAAUUUUCAUGAUAGUUAUGUACACCUUGGCUGUCCGCGCGCUUUGUAACACUUCGGCACGAACACGCGCGAAUUCCAUCAGCGCCAACUCAGCGCGCUUCAUCGUCAAGAAACUUAAAAGUGACGUUAAGAAAAGAAAAACGCAGCGAGGAGUACUUAGAUCCAAUUCUGUGUUUAAAAGGCUCGGCGUUCUCAGAACCCGGAGUAUCUGGAGCACUCCAAAUGCAAAAGCGACGAAGAUGUUUAUGGUCGUCGUUGUCGUGUUUGCUAUCUUUAUGUUUCCGAACCAAGUCGUGUGGUUAUGGGCGGAUUUUGGCGGAGGUAUUAACAGCCCAAAUUUCACCAAACUUUCCAUCAUCUGCUGGUUGUUUACAUACACCAACUGCGUAGUUAAUCCCGUCAUAUUUGGAGUCUUCAGCAAAGAUUUUCGCAAAGGAUUCACGAGAAUUUUUAAGAGCAUUAUCUGCUGCGAGAGAUCCGCUUUGAAGGACAGUACUGAGCGAUUACAGUUUCAAAGCAUAACAAAAACUGGAUCGGACUCGACGGAGUCAAACACAGUGGAUUGCGAGAAGUAUAGAAAAAACAGCAACUUAACAUUUCUUUCUAUUCAAGUCUGUGAACAGACAACAGGAUCACAAGCCAAACCGAACAAACAGUUUCAAGGAAAGAUAACGACUUUAAAUGGACUUCCCUUGCAAAAGACUGAGUCUUUCAGCACUGGUCACGAAAAACCGCAACAGUCGAUUACAAGUAUGUUAAUUAGUUUGAAGCCCGAAGGCGAAUCGAGACAUCUAAAUGAUCACCAUUUAAGAAUGAACUAUGUUAGACAAUGGAAUGCUUUAUCCCACUCCACUUCAUGCUCUGAAACUUUGAAAAAUGCACUCAACAGCUCGCGAGAAACUUACUGCUAGAAAUGAACGCUUGUAUUGAGGACUCCAAACUUUCAAUCUUGCCAUAUUUUUUUUUAUAUAACACGAGGUCAGAGUUGGCGAUUACUGGGUCAAAAACGUGAAUUUAGAGAAAAGAUUUGGUAUUCUUCGUGUAUGUAUUGUAAUUUCACUGUUGGAUGCAUAACCCACGCUGCUUCACAUUGUAUACAGCAGCAUAAAAAGGGCCUUUUUUGUUCACUAAGUAGUUGUAAGAUCAUUAUCAAAACAUGUUUCAAUACACACAUUGCUUAUUAAACUAUACAUCUUUAAAUUACAUUGUUUGAUCACGCUAGCGAAAUCAGGAUUUUCUAAGCGUUAAAAAGUUAAAAUAGUUUAACUGAGGUGAAUAUUACAUUAAAAAGUUGAUCUGAAACGACAACAAUGCCAUUUGUUCCUUUGCUUAAACUGGCGAGAUUUUACAAGUUUAUCAGUUCCGGAAGUUUAAUAUUCGCGUAGUUUGUUAAGAACGGAACUCAAGCAUGUAAAAAAACCGACACUUCUUGAAUAAUUUGUGUUUAAAAAUGUUGAAAAUUUUGGCAACUUGUUAAACCGAUCUCAAACAAAGCCUUGAUCUGAGAGAGGCUAGCUUAUAAGGGGCGCAGGUUAAGUUGCAUUAGGCCCAAGGCGAUUUAUGAUAAAAUAAAAGUUAAUAGCUUUUUCAUAAACUUGAUAAAUCUGUGUCACAUUUACCUCUUUGUAAAGCUCAUCUUAGGAAUGUAAAUAUGCAUGCCAAAAAGUUUUCAGCGUUUAAACAAACGGCUUUCAGCAUAACUGAUUGUGACCAUUAUACCAUGAUAGAUUAAUUAAACUGACUUGGACUACCUCCAAAACUUCAGAACUAAAACUAUAUUAAAAGUAAAUUAAAUUUUAAGUAAGGAAUUUAAUCUUUUGAGCUUUGACUCAAAGGAGACAUGACUCAGCAUAGCUGGAGCACCAGGUUUGCGGAUGACGUCUUUCAGUUUUACGUCUUCAGACCUAUGUAGUCGAGUGGUUUUCCUGUUCCAGGAUAGUCCCAACCUUUUCCUGUGUUGGAACGACCCUCUUAUUACAAUUGGCGACAUCCGUUUCCCGUGGUUUAAGACCAACGACUUUCAAACCAUUGAUAAAGCAUUCAUUCUCGCCCGGGAGCGCUGUGGGUGUUUACUGUGUUAUUCGUGGUAAUAACCCACUGAUUGUGGUUUCCGGGGCCACACCUAAAGACAGUCUAGAAAUGUACAAACAACGUAAUUUUAUUACGCGAUAAUCGGGUUGCUUUCCUGUCAUGACAUAAUUACAUUUCUGUCUUGCUAUCAGGAAAGAACCGGCUUUCAGGUUGUCUAGGUAAACAAAUAAAUAAAUAAAAACUCCCGUAAAAUCGAAGCAGGCCUCCAAAUAACAAUAAUCAAGUUCCUAAUUUCAGAAAAGCAAAAAGGAAAUGGAAAGAAACGCCAAUAGCUAUAAGUAUAUUUAGUGUCGGAGCACGUCACGCAAGAAGAUUACGCGUGAUGCUCCCAACGCGCGGAAAAUACGCGUGAUUCAUGCACCGUGCCGGUACAACAUCAGGCUACAAGUUUCAUUUUUUAGGCUCUGACAUCUACAGGUAAAUUCUCCUGAGUAGAAGUCAUACACAUAUCACAGUACUGUUGGGAGAAUCGGCUUAAAUCGAAUUGUAUAAAGUUGGGAUAUACCAACCCAUGCGUGACCAAGUUAGUUAACUUUAUAUCUUCCUCGUACGGAGAAGUGCGUAUGACUCAGGAGUUGGGCCGGUAAAGGAGUGUCUUGGCUUAGCCCCGCCUAAUCAAGAUAAUCAAAUCAAGAUCGUAUCAGUUCAGUAUUUAAAGAUUUCCUUAUUCAGCGAAGUUGACGACCGUAGGUAUAUCAAUCGGUUUAUCGUGCACUCGAAAGUUCCUGCUCGUCAUUGUGUUCCGUUAAUUUUAUUUAUUUAUUUAUUUUUAAUUUAACGCAUUGACGUAAAAUUGCAAUGUUCGGUUUGUCAAAAAAAUCAAGGAAUUACUUCUUGACACUUUCACGAUCGCUAAUUAAAAACACAGUCUGUUUGCCGGAUCAAAUGUGGGAAACGUUACUUAAACAUUGAUAACGACCAAACCGUUUUACAUACAAAUCACUGACGCAUGCAGUUUAAAUCUAACCGCUUGAUCUUUACCAUGCGCAAAAAGCAGGAUACCAUCAAAAGGUGAGACGAAGGAAAACCUACACUCAAAUAAAUGUGAUAAGGAAAAAAAAUAUAUAAUAGUCUAUUUCUAGGAAAAAAAUACAUCAGUUGUCAUAUUCAGUACACAUAUGAAUAAGUUGAACAACAAAUAAACUAACACUGAUUGAGUCGGAAUAAAAUGAGAAAUGUACUGUUAGGUAUUUAGUUGUUCCUAUAAUAACAAAUAACACACUGAUUGUGGUUUCCAGGGCCCCUCCUAAAGACGGUGUGGCAAUGUACAAACGACGUAUUUUUAUUACACGAUAAGUGCCUUUGCUUUCCAGGCAUGGUCUAAUUACAUAUUUCUCUUUAUAUUGCUAGGCAUUAAAGAGCUCGCUUUCGAGUUCAUCUAUAUAGUACAAACGUCUCGUAAAUCGAAGCACAAAGCGCCCCUAGAAAUAAUUAGGUUCAGUCUGAUGUUGCUAAUUUCAAAAGAUCAAAACACAAACAAACAAAGAAACAGGCAAAUAAGAAAUCGUUUCGCGCCAAUGGGGUUAGUUUUGUUUGCGUGAUAUUCCCACGCGCGAAAAUUGCGCGUAACUCUCGCACCGUGCCGAUUGAAAAAAUUAGGUUAGACGUUUCAUUCUGUUCAGGUCCUGACACCGACAGGUAAAUUCUCCUAAGUAAUCUCCAUAUAUAUAGUACAGUACUGUUGAGAGAAUUAGCUUAAAUCGACUUCUAGAAAGCCGGGAUAUUCCAAAGCAUACGUGACAGAGCUAAUUGGGUUUAUAUUCCGGGAUGUGGGCGUUAAGUGUUGUUCCCGCUGGUUAACGAUGAUUACAUUUAUCUUCCUUCUGAACGAUGUGCGUAUGGCAAGGGGUGUGUGAGCCGGUGAAGCCGGGCCAAGCCUAAUCUGAAUUAAAGAUAAAAGCUUUUCCCCCCUGGGAUAAUCAAAUAAAGACCGUAUCAGUUCAGUACUUGAUUAAAGAUUUCCUUAUUCAGCAUCGCUCACAACCAGGUCAGGAUCGAAAGUUCUUGCUCGCCAUUUGGUUCCGU